AGGAGCUCGACAACGACUUGGAGACGCAUCUCACUACUACCCCACUCAAAGCAUUUCACACUAACACCAUGACUACCCAGUUCAACAAGCCUCCUGUCCUCAUUUCUGGAGCAGGCCCUGCAGGUCUCAUCGCGGCUCUCGUUCUACUCCGGAACGGCGUCCCCGUCAGGCUCAUCGAGAAGAACGACUUCCUCCACCCCGGUUCGCGUGGCUCCGGCAUCCAGCCGCGUACGAUGGAGCUGCUCCAUCAGCUCGGGGCCACUGACCUCGUUGACGCGCUUUACCCGCUCGCGGGCAACCGUUCGUACCAGUUUGGCAGUCUCGAGGUCGUUAGGGAUGAGCCGUUCGUGGAGAUCAAGGCGAACACGGUUCAUUAUCCAUACCCGAACCCGCUCAUGAUCGGCCAGUGCGGCUUCGAGGGCUACAUCCGUGGGCAUCUCGCGAAGUACGAGUGCGAACCCGAGCUAGGGACGGAGCUCACCACAUUCGAACAAGACGAGAAUGGCGUCACUGCUCACCUUAUGAAGAAGGACGGACAAGAGGAAACGGUACAUGUCCAGUACCUCAUUGGUGCCGAUGGUGCACGAGGUGCAACCCGCAAAGGCCUCGGCCUCCCUUUCAUAGGGAACACCCCGGAUGUUUUCAGGGCCCUCGUUGGUGACGUGCGAUUCACCUGCGACAAGCUUGACUACGUGCAUUGGCAUCGCUUUGGCCAUGUCAAGACAAAGCUGGUUAUGAUACGCCCCAUGCGCGAAGUUGGCGUCAACAAUGACGGAUGGCAGAUUAUGAUCAGCGGUCCUGAGAUUGACCUCGACAAGUUACUGGAAGGGACCAAAGAGGACAUCUUCUCGAUUAUUCAUGAGGCAGUACCUGCAAAGAUCGAGUUCAAGGAUCUCAUCUGGAAGGGGCAGUGGAAGCCCAACAUGCGCAUGGUUGAUAAUUUCGGAGUCGGAAGAGUGUUUGUCGCUGGUGACGCUGCACACGUUCACAGCCCCACCGGCGGCCAAGGUCUCAACUCAAGCGUCCAAGACGCGAUCAACCUUUCCUGGAAGCUCGCACUCGUCCUCAAGAACCUCUCCCCGCCCUCCAUCCUUGACUCCUACACCGCCGAGCGCCUCCCCGUCAUCGCUGAGAUGCUCAACCUCACCACCGAAUUGUUCAACCGUGCCGCCGAAGGGACGGGCAACGCAUGGCAGCGCGAGGACCGUCUGCGCAUGCUCGGCGUCAACUAUCGUCAGUCGCCGAUCGUGCUCGAAGAGCGCAGCACGGGUCUGGAGCCCGUCGCGGCUUACGGGGACGCAGUGGAGGGCGCGACGCCUGUUGCGGGCGACCGGGCCCCGGAUGCGACUGGGAUUGUGGAUGCGGAUGGGAAGGAGCACAGGCUGUUCGACCUGUUCAGGACGACGCAUCACUCGGUUCUCAUUUUUGCGUCGGAUGUCGAUGCUGCCGAGCCUAUUCUUGCUGUGCUCAGGAAGCACUCGGAGAACGUCAUCCGCCCCGUCGUUGUUCUCCCUCAGGGCUCUUCCUCUGCGACUGGUGUCAACGGUGCUCUGGUGCUUGUUGACAGGGAUGGUCAUGCGUACUCCGGGUACAAGGCCAUCGAGGGAAAGACGGUCGUCACGAUCGUGCGGCCUGAUGGAUUUGUCGGUGCGAUCGUCAACGACGUCGAAGGCACAGAGGCAUACAUACAGAAAGUAUUCUUGUAGAGCUCCGCUCUGUCCAGUUUUAGUUUUGGUCUGGGGUUUGGUCAGGAAUAGGGUAUCUGGUUCGGAUAGCCAGGUGAUGUUUAUGUAGGAUCGUCGGACUGAUAGUCAUGGAACACUGAUGUAGGGAUUGGAUAUAAUCGUAGGAAUAUAGGCGAUAACACCGGAGUUUCAUGGAAAUAACCAGACGUCUGGUAUUAUAGGGUAGAUAUUAAUGCCAUUCAUCU